AUGGCCCGUAUCAAAAGAUCCCUGGAAGAGAUCGCGAAUAAAUCCGACUCAGAUGAUGACGACUACAGCGACCACCCCGUUCGUAACAGCCGGCGUUCUGCCUCGAAGUCGAAGUCGAGGAAGAAAAACCGUCCUACGAAGAAAAGGGCGCGGCGCGAUUCCGAUGAUGAUAUAGUCUCCGAUGAGGACGAAAUUAGCGAAUUCGAUGACGAAUUUGACUUCGAAGGGUCGCCCGAGGAGGAGGAUGUUGACGCUCCGAGAACAGCCCGGGGAACAGUCGCGCGCAGGGCCGCCACAAAUAGGCCAGUCUACAACGAGGGCUCAGAUAGUAUUGAGGAUGAGGAGGAAGAAGAUGAAGAAGACGUUGUUCCCUCUCCGAAGAAGGUGGUGAAGCUGAAAGUCAAUGCGCUGAAGCGGCAAGCGUUCUCGGAUAAUCCUACAGGCACUCGGCGUACCACUCGACGAAAUCGCGAUCCGUCUGAAGACAUAUAUGCAUUGACGAACUCGGGGCGCCAUGUUCAGACGGUGCAAAAAGGCACGCAUAGUCCAGAAGCAGAGCGCGGUCGCCGCUCGUCGCGCGGGUCUAAGCGCGCUCCCGAGGUCGAGGGUGAGGCUGACGAAGCUGACGCGAAGAUGGAGGAUCCCGAGGUUAUCGAGGAGACUUUGACAGAGAUCAAGACCUCACAGCUGGAGAUCCAAGAGAGUGCACCUAACUCUUUCAGAGAUGACGAUGGACAAGAUGCGCCAGCCGAGGAUGAAGGCUUUGUGCCAGAAUCUGAGAACGGUGAGGGAAAUACGAAAGUAGAUGAGGAUGAUGAUGAUGAUGACGACGACGAUGAGGGGCCAACUACAAGGCGACGGAAUAGACCUAACCGCAACCAAAAUACUCAAGAAGCCACACAACAAGACGAAGAAGAAAAUGGACUCCGUCGUUCCAGUCGUAAGAGACCGAAGUCUUCGCAGCGAAAAGAUGACGAGGAGAGCGAUUUCGAGCCAGAGGAAGACGACACACACGACGAGGACGAAUUAUCCCAGUCUGGAAAGUCCCAAGGUUCCCCGCGAAAAACCAGCCAAGCUCACGACGAUGAUUAUGAAAGCUCAACCGGCCGGCGCCCGGGCCUCCGUAAGAGGGCUUCUCGGUCACGUGGGGAGUCAGAAGCGGUCGAUAUCGCUGAAGAACUGGCUGAAGAACUUCAAGAUCUUAGAGGAGGCCGCCCGCGCCGCAGAGCACAGCAAGAGAUUGUUUAUGAGAAGCCCCGGCGCAGCCGCAAGAACGUUGAUUAUCGCAUUAUCCGCCCGGAUUUGGUCUUGCCGAUAGAGGAGGCGGAGAAUGAAGUCAACGAGUCCCCUUCGCGUCGAGGCCGUGGUGGAGGUGGCAGUACCUGGCAGCGCUCACUAUUUCCAACCUAUGGACCCUUCGGAGGCGGCGGGCCGUCUGCGAUUCUGGGACCACCAGGAGCACAUGCUGCAACUGGAGGAGUUGAUAGCGACAGUAGCGAUGACGAGGGAAUGCAGCAUCCUAAAGGGUCAAUAUCUGGACCUGCUGGCGGCAACCUGCCACUUCCUGGAGUCUUUGGAGCGCAAACCCACAGUACCGACGCGGUGCAAGGCCACUCUGGCACACCGGCAAACCUAGGCCGCGUCAAAGACAAGCAGGCACUAGCCGAUGCAGAUCCGCUGGGCGUCGACAUGAUAGUCAAUUUCGAUAAUGUAGGAGGGUUGCAAGGCCAUAUUGACCAGUUGAAGGAGAUGGUGUCUCUUCCGCUCCUGUACCCGGAGAUCUUCCAGCGGUUCCACAUUGUGCCUCCCCGUGGUGUUCUCUUUCAUGGACCGCCAGGAACGGGUAAAACCCUGCUGGCCAGGGCUUUGGCGAACAGUGUCAGCUCUGAGGGUCGCAAGGUCACGUUCUACAUGCGGAAGGGAGCUGAUGCGCUGAGUAAAUGGGUUGGAGAAGCCGAAAGGCAACUUCGUCUACUAUUUGAAGAGGCUCGCAAAACUCAGCCGAGUAUCAUCUUUUUUGAUGAGAUUGAUGGAUUGGCACCUGUCCGAUCAAGUAAACAGGAGCAAAUUCAUGCGUCGAUUGUCUCCACUCUUCUGGCGUUGAUGGACGGUAUGGAUGGCCGUGGUCAAGUCAUUGUCAUUGGAGCUACAAAUCGUCCGGACUCUAUUGACCCUGCUCUCCGCCGUCCUGGCCGUUUCGACCGGGAGUUCUACUUCCCCCUGCCAAACACCGAAGGUCGUCGUGCUAUCUUAGAUAUCCACACCAAGGGCUGGGAUCCACCACUACCAAAUUCGAUAAAGGACGAACUUGCGGAAAUCACAAAGGGUUAUGGAGGUGCAGAUUUGCGGGCUCUUUGCACGGAAGCCGCGCUGAAUGCAGUACAGAGAAGGUACCCUCAGAUCUACAAGUCGGAUAAGAAGCUCUUGAUUGAUCCCAGAACGAUUGAGGUUGCACCCAAGGACUUCAUGCUGGCAAUCAAGAAUAUAACCCCUUCUUCGGAGAGGUCGACAGGCUCAGGUGCAUCAAAGUUACCGAAGACAGUUGAACCUUUACUACGUCAGCCUUUGGCCGAACUCAAGAGUAUACUUUUGGAGAUUCUUCCACAGCGCAAGAGGCUCACUGCUCUGGAGGAGGCGCAAUAUGAAGAUUCCGUCGAGUCGUCGAUGGGCUUCCAACGCGAGCAGAUGCAGCAAGAAUUUGAGAGGUCGCGGGUUUUUCGACCGAGGUUGUUAUUACGGGGCGCUCUGGGAAUGGGUCAGCAGUACCUGGCGGGUGCUCUGUUACAUCACUUCGAGGGUCUUCACGUUCAAGCAUUUGAUCUUCCUACACUACUGAGCGAUUCUACUAGAACGCCUGAAGCGGCUGUCAUCCAGCUCUUUGCUGAAGUAAAACGACAUAAGCCUAGCGUUAUCUACAUCCCAGGCCUUCAGAAUUGGUCUCAGACCGUUGGUCAAGCUGUGAUAUCAACGUUCAUGGGCCUUCUACGGUCAAUCCCUCCUACUGACCCUGUCCUUCUACUUGGAGUCCUUGAGAGCUCUGAAGAUAUUGAUGCUACGCUGGUGAGAAAUCUAUUUGGCUACUCGAAGAAAAAUAUCUUCGAGCUCUCACCACCGGGCCAGGAGGCACGGUAUGAAUAUUUCGCUAAAGUGAUUGACCUCAUUAAAGCUUCGCCUUCUCAUCUCCCCGACCCUGACAAUCGGAAGAAGAGACAGCUUGAAGAGUUGGAAGUAGCGCCGCCGCCGCCGCCGCCAGAGAAGCCUCCGCUCUCGAAAGAGGAGCUGAAAGCUCAGAAGAAGAAAGAUUACCAGACACUAAACCUCCUCAAGAUUCGAAUUCAACCGAUCAUGGAUCAAAUCAAAAAGUACAAGCGGUUUAGGACAGGUGUCAUUGAUGAGUCUCAAAUUCGGUAUCUGUGGGAAGAAGAAGACCCGAACAUUGUCACAAGCGAUUUGCCCAUCGAACAGCGGACAACAUUCCGACCGUUUGAAAAGGCGCAGGAUAAGCACGGAGUUCCGGGUCUUCGGGAGACAGUGUCCGGCAAAUUUUUCUACAACUUAGAGAUUGUGACUAUCGAGAAGCGGCUUUCUAACGGAUAUUACAAGCGACCCAAGGACUUCUUGGCGGAUAUCAAACGUAUAGCCAAGGAUGCACGGCAGCUAAAUGACCAGGAACGUUUGCUCCGCGCGAACGAACUUCUAUCCAACGUUGAGGUUGAUAUCGCUACCAUUGAGCAAACGGAACCGGCGCUAGUGGCUGAAUGUGAGAAUGUUUACCUUCGGGAGCUGGAGCGGGAGAAGAUCGCAAUAGAGAAGGCGAAGAAGGCUCAAGAGGAGGAGGACGCAAUCGCAUACGGCGCCGCAAACCGGGUCCCGCGUGGGAAUACAGAUUCGGACCCAACGAGUGGACCCGUGGUGCUAGGCGCCUCAUUUCCAGAUCUUGGUCCUCAAAUCCCCGGCCGGCCUGUCACGCCUACACGCCGGUCAACUGUGAGUUUUAUGACAAAUGGAUAUCACCGCGGCGAUGGGUCGGAUUUGAACGAUUCGAAUGCAACUAAUGGCUCGCACGAAACUCACCCUGAUGGCGAUGGGGACACAUACAUGACAAACUCUGACCAGUCGGCUGGAAGGGACACGCAGGUAAGCUCGUUCGGACCAUCUGCCCAGCCCAAACCGGCCUACUCCAUGACCGCCCCCUCUCAGCAGGUCAGGCGAGAAUCGGGCCUAUCGAGCUUCUCGCAGAGAGGGCCCAUGACCCCCAUGGCUCCGGGAUCCCAACCAGCAGACUACAUCAAUGAAGCCUCGACAACGCAAACGACGUCGGACAAGAAGUCGUCAGAGCAGUCCUCUCACCCGCAUCACUACACCCAGAGCCCCGUUGUCAUCCACGGCACGCGACAAGAUUACCCGGACCUUACCUUGUAUCCCGACCGUGUUUCGCAGGAGGAGCAUCUCCCUGAUACCCAGCAAGGCGACAGCAGUCAGCCGUCUCCGCCCCAGCUACGCGAAUCUCAGGUUGUGCGCGCUGAAGUCCAAUCACAGCCUAAAUCGCAGCCGCCUGUACCUCUUUUCGACGCCGCUUCCAGACAACCAACCGCUCUGCAAGCCCUUCUCAAUGAAGAGGACGAGUCGCCGAAAUUGAUCAUUGACCACGAGUACGUGCGGAAUUUGCAUAAGGAGAUGGCGCAGCGCACGAGUGGAUGCUCUGUAGAGCAGCUCGAGCAGAUCAAUUCCGCGCUGAUGGAUGUGCUCUGGCAUACCCGCUGCGAUUGGAACCGUAGCAAAGUGGCCGCUGGGAUUCAGCACGCGUUCAAUGAUGUCCUCGAGGACAUGCAGGCCGUGCAGGAAAUUGGGCCGAUCAGUCAGAAGACGCAGGAUCAGCUCCACUCGAUGUAUUAGACUCUGUUCACCUCACCUGCCGUACCUGCAGCACUACGUACCUACUACCCCCUCCUCUACCUUUUUUGCACGCAUUUGGUUUUCUAUUGGCAGCAGCAAGCAUGGACUGUGUAAUGAGAUAAAUGGCGGAUAUUCAGACUU